UCGCUUAGCGGUAGUUAUCUCAAGUUGUCCGGUCCAUCCUGCAAGAAAUGCCCUGCAGGAUCUUUUACAGUCUGCUCUCUAAAUGAAGAGUCACGAUGUGUAAAGUGCGCGGAAGGAACGUACAACGAUAAGCCUUCUCGCCGAGGAACAUGCAAGCGCUGCACCAGAUGUGGUCACAAUGAAUACGAGUUCCAUCCCUGUAAUUCAACGUCGAAUACUGUUUGUGUGAAGUGCAGCCAAUGUCCUCCAGGCUUCGGCGUGUUCAGGCCUUGUGAAAAGACGAGAGACACUGAUUGUGUUAAGUGUCCAAUUUCCGAGAGCUUCCUCAGCAGUUAUGGUAAAGUUGAAUGCGGAAUUAAAGGUAAUAGUUGAGUUCUUUCCAAAAUAAAAACAACUUUUCCUUUUUCUUCAAUCAAGCGUUCCAUUAACGGUGCACAAAAGACCUAGAAUAAGUGCUCUCUUCAGCCUGAAAGGUGUUUUCUGUUGUGUGAUGUAACGAGCAGGGUUGACCGCAGGGUUGUUAUGUUGUGUAUGCCUACGGGAGGUGCCCCCAGGGGUAUUGAUUAUUGGGAAUCGUCGUUAUUUAAACCUUUAACUGCCAGAUCAAAUUUGUAAUUCUCCUUAGUGUCAACAAUGCAAUUUUCGUAAUUUACGCUGAGAGAAUUUAGUAUUGGAUCAACUAAUUAUCCCCAAAUUGAUAGUUUUCAUUAUUCUCUUCACUUAUCUGGUUGAUAUUGUAUUGAUAUUGUAAGGAGAAAUUCUGUCUUGAUCACUCAUGGAGUUAAAGGGUUGACACCGAGGAGGGAGAACUCUUUUGGGGGGAUCACAUGGUUUUUAGGGGAAAUGGAGGGGGUAUUGGUCGACGCACAGCAGAGCAUAAAGGAGGGGGGGACUAUGGAAAGUUGACGGAAGAAUCACAAAAAUACUACGGAGCCUUAAGGAGGGAAAAUGAUUCCAUGAUUCUUCAGACACUCGUGAAAAUUUGGAAGACUGAAAUGUUUUUUUUUUCGGUUGCAAAGCGCUCUGAUACUUCUUAGGUAUUUAAAUUUCAGACAAUGAGAAGGUUGAGUGACGCAAAGUGGGACAUGUUACCCCACGCUAAUUGUGUUGUUACACCACACCAAUUGUGUCUCAUCAUGCUUUUCAUUUUUCAUUUUGCAGUCGAUUCUGUUCGCGACAAUAUCAAGGAGAAAAAAAAGCCUGAGGACCGAUUCUUUGUUCUAAGAGAGGAGGUUAAUCCUUGGGAAAAUGGCAGAAAGAACCCAAAGUCUCAACACCAACUUGCAUUUGUUGAGAAACAUGUCAACGCUAACAUCUUUGUAUCUGUAAUGCCUUCUGUUGAUCCAACGCCUUCAAGUGUUUUCUUCUCGACGAAGCCCAGUAGUGCAGUAGACCAAGGAACAGUUCUGGUUAGUUCUGCUUUUUAUGGAUCACCAUCGUCAUCACGGAGCGUCGAGAAAUCAAUCACUUCUUCCGCGGGAGAAAUCAUCAGCCCUACACCCCGACCGGAUAUUCCUUCCAAACGUCGACCUCCAUCUCGCCCGACAGAAAAAUCCGUUUCCUCCUUUAAAACACCGACAAAUUUUGAAAUGCAGGGAGAUGAUCAGAACUAUCCAAGUCGUACACCACAAAAAAUUCGUCAAAACAGAACAGAUGCAACGACAACGCUUGUAGCAUCGCCUGUUUCACCUUCUGAGAGCGUCAAGGCCGAGUUCAUCAAUCAUGGAAUGGAUGACGAAAACAGCACAGAAUCCCAUCAGAAUCAUACUACCAGGUGGAGGCGGGGUAAGGCUUAACUGAUUUUUUCUUCCUCAGUUUUGUUCCGUGUCAGUAGCCAGCUAAUGUGAUCACCCUUGGCAACACAACCUUAGCCCCCCUUACUCCCCUGACAUAUCCAGGGGGAGGGUCCAGGGAUCACGAUCUCCCCUCUAUCUGAUCUGUUUGAGUAUUUUUACUACUUGUACGGCAACAAAAUUCUUUCAACGGCAGGAUUGCAUGUUACUAUUCAGCAUGAAGAAUAAUUAAAAAAUGACCUAAAAGAUCAAAUCAAAUGAUCCAAAAGAGUUUCUCUACCUAUCAUUUUUUUGGAUGUUCAUAGGAGAAGUGAAAAGCUGGUGGAAAAUAACUCGUAAAGUUUUUAGGAAACCAGAUGCACUGGGAUAAGGAAAAACAGCAAGUGUUAAGAACCUCUGCGCACUUUUUUUUGCAUACAGUGGCGCUUCAGUUCGCUACCUCGACCAUGUGUCACUGUAAUUUUAAACGGGAUAUUUAAAAGAUCUCUGAUAUAUUAGCCAUUUUUUACGGGAACCGAUACUUUCACAGGGAAAUCGAACAGCCAACCCCUAACGAAGGAAAAUAAAGUCAGAGAAAAAUACCAUGAACCUAGCCAGGAUGUGUCCCAUCAUUCUCGACAUUGGCUGUGGAUAGUAGUGGCCUUGGUUUCUGUUGCUGUUUUGGCGACGGGUUUGGCAAUCAAGCAAUGGAGGCAUCCCAAGAAAAACAAAGGUGAAAGGUUUCGAUGUCUUGCAGCUGAAGAAUUUAUUUAUGUUAUGUUAUUUGGUAAGCAUGGUAUGGGGUACGUCACUUUUGACGUGUGCAUGAGCACUUGAGAGCAAUAGAUAAAAGUACAUCCGAAUUUAAAGUGUAAAUUUCUAAUUUCUAAUGAUAAUCAUGACAAAGACCUGGCAUUCCUCCCAAUGAUUCUAAGAAACUAAUACCGGACCCCCUUACUCCCGAGAUUUCUACUCGCGCCCUUUCCUAGUGCUCCGGGAUAUGUUAAAGACGUAGAGCAUGAUAUCCAGUAGAAGUGCGAAUGUAUUCAAGUAUGGAAAGGUAUAUCCAGUAGAGCAUAAUAUCCAGUAGAAGUACGAAUGUGUUCAAGUAUGGAAAGGUAUAUCCAGUAGAGCAUGAUAUCCAGUAGAAGUGCGAAUGUAUUCAAGUAUGGAAAGGUAUAUUCAGUAGAGCAUGAUAUCCAGUAGAAGUACGAAUGCAGUAGAGUAUAAUAUCCAGCAGAGAUAGGAUGUGUUCAAGUAUGGAAAGGUCAUCCCUUACUUAACAACAUCGUAAACAUAUUGUUAAACCUUUUGUUGGAAAGCAGAAUAAAUUUACAACAGAAUUCAAAAGCACCUGAGAAAUUAUACUUAAACAGUUAUUUACCUCAAACUUAGAAAAAAUUGUUGAGUAAUGCCCUCGACUUCGUCUCGAAGAUUUUUCAACAAUAUUCCGCCAAAAAUGCAGCCAUUGAGGUAUUCAAAUAAUUGCCGCAAUGUCUUGUUAUUUACAGGGUGUAGCCUCGCUUGUCCUCGUCCAAACUGCAGACGCCCUCCACGCUGUGUGGCAUCGUCGGACUGUUGUAAUAGGACUUCUAUAUCAAGCGCGACAGGAGCUUACACGGAACAGGUAUAGUAAUGAAGGGUUCGUCCACAAUAUUGACCUUCCUUGAACACUUUGUUGCCAUUUCAGAGAGUGAUUUUUACUGCAUAUUUAACUGAUAGACUGAAAGCCCCACAAGAUCAAAGCAUACUCAGGAGGAUGAAACAGGAGAUUCUCUACCGAAUCUCAACAACCCAGCUCAGCACACUUUGCCUCCCUGUCAAAGUAAUCUUGUGGUCGCAGAUGUUCAUCAAAUCUCUCAAUCUGAUGGAAUUGACACAAGGUGGGUGGGAAAACGAGUUGUGUUAGUGCAGAUUAUUUAACAUUUUUCUCUUUAUCCAAGUUGUCUUUUCACUGAGGUCGAUUUAGUCACAUUUUCUCCUCACAAGGGGGCGUCCAAAUCACAGUUUCCACCAUAUUUUCUAUGAUAAUCGACCCUGUUUUCUAUAGGUCCCCUGGAUACAUAACGGAAGCGGAGGCCACGUUCGACAGCUCUGGUGGACAGCUUUUCGCACCGGACUCUGAUGUCGUUAUCACUGUAAGGAGUGGAGCAGUUCAAGAGGGCACCAAGCAGCGUUUCUUCUUCCGCGUGCCUAAAGAUGACACCACUUUGUUGCAGGACAUCCCGGAUAUGCCCGAAGGAACACUAAUUUCCCCCGUUAUCGAAUGUGGACCUCACAACGUUACCUUGCUCAAGCCGGUGGAAAUCACUGUUCCGCAUGAUCUUUGCUUGGACGAGGUCAGGAAGGAUUCGAUAAGGGUUUACAGAUGUGAGCCAUCUUCUAAAGGUAACUGUAAAUCGCUAUGCAAAGGCACUUGUGAAAAAAUUGCUUUUACGCACAGAUGGGGUGGUACAGGGGAGUUAUAUAACCCGGAACCAAUUAGAGUGCUGAAUUUGGGCGGAACUGACCAAACAAUAUGGGCAUUAUGGCCGACUUGAUUUGUCGCACAAUCUUAUCACCCCAAGAAUGUAAACAGUUUAUUCGAGCUUGGGGUACCGGAACACUCUCUUAAUUUUAGUGAUGUUCUUGUAAGGUUUUAACAGACAUAAUGAUCCAGUUUUAAGAUCAUUUUCAGACAACCAGUGGCUGUUUAUACUGACUUGACCAAGGGUUACAACGAUCCUAGAAAUAGCUUAGGAAGGCAUUUUUCCAGGUUUUAAGUAUAUCCACAGGUAUAUAUAUUCUCGCAUUUAUGGUGGCUACAUCAGUUACAUAGAGACGAGUCCUUAUUUAUCAUCUAGGAGGUAGGGAGGAGGGGGGGUUAGGCCGGUGGAAUUUUGAUUGUGUCAAGAUACAAAUUACCUAAUCCUCCCAUAGGCCCCUAUAAUAUUCGUAUGAUCCCCCCCCCCUUUCACUGGCAACUAAUCCCCCAAUCCUUCCCCCCCCCAUAGAUAAUGUCUGGUACCUGAGGACGCUGUCAAAUUAAUUAUGUUAAAGGGCCGCUACGAUGGGAGAAAAUUCCCUCAGCGUCAGAAAAAAACUGCCAAUCCAAAGCAUGGUUUACAGUGAAAAAGAACUCUAUCCACAUCAAGACUAGCAAAUUUUCCAUUUGGAGCGUGUUCGCCUGUGGCGGAACAAAGAGGAAGAGAGCGACUGUUUACUUCAGCAGACAUAACCAGAGAAGUGAUAAAAUUUACCUACGCUUCUACAUUUACAGUGAUAAUGAGGAUUCAAAGAAGGUAUGUCGCAAAACGAGUAGUCAGCUAAAAUGGUCAAGUAUAGCAUAACGAGCUCAAAUAAGCUCAGAGGGCAGAUUUAGAGAAGAGGUGCAGGAGUGCGAACCACCUCCCUCCCCCUCCCCCCUUAAAAACUCAAUAGCUGGGGCCUACAUCAACCAUAUUUUUUGAGCCUGGGUGUUUCCAGACGAUUCUUUGUUACUAGCCUGUUCCAGGCGUUCAGUUAGUAAACCUGAGAGAAAUGGUAAAUAGUAGCUGUAAACGGUGCGAUAAUAGCGAAGGAGUGAAAAACGAGGGAGGCUUGGGUCGAGUCGCAAAAAGGAGGGAGGUCUGGGUCGAGUCGACUCUGUACAACUUGUUCCACUGUUAAAUUUGGAUUUAGAUUUUUGUUGAGAUUUAUUUUAAAACAUCCUAAGUGACGCUCUUUAUGCUUUGGUUUACAUCCCUAUUUAACAAGCGAGUGAAAGCGCAGGAGAAAGAGUCUUUUCCUGGCUCGAGAUCAUCAAAGGAGAAACCGUUUAAGAUGUACGACGAUGAAAAGGAUGUGAUUGUGAAGCUUACUGAUCUUGAAGACGGUUGGGAACUGGAUAAGCCUCCCAGUGUACAGGUAUUGAGCAGAUUUAAAAUGCAGUUCUAACAGAUCUUAUGGUAUAACCGCUGGACACUGCAGAUAUUACAUGACGUCAUCUUAGAUUUUCUUUAAACUCGUUUUCCCUUCCCCCCCCUCCACCCCUCAACAAAUGCCUAAUGCUACGUUAACGUGUAGUGUUUCGUAUCAUGACAACUCAUUCUCGCCAAAAAUUGCUUCGGAAUGUUUCCCCAUGACCUCAGUUAUAAAGUUAUGCGCGGAGUUGACCAAGGUCUUGGAGAGUGAGAAAGAAUUUAUUUUUUUUAUGAUUCACUUCUCUUUCCAUAAGUUAAGUAGUUUCCACGCAAGGUUAAUACGUUGUAACCUUUCUUUGUAGAUAUACGACUACGACACUGCAUAUCGCAAUGGAUUUCGUGUCAAAGACGCCUGUGAUUUUGCAGUUAGACCAGCACGUCCAGGAGUGAAAGAAUUUUCCUGCAACCUUAAAUUUAAUCAAGAAGACAGCCCAACAGAGUAUUCAAUUUAUCUUUACCCGGGGUAUUCACCGCGACAGGUGAAGUACACUAUUGUACAGAAGUCGUAAAACACUUGCGUGGCAGUAAUUCAGCAUUCCUGUUCUUGUAAUAACGUUAACCUGUGCCCAAGUCGUGUAAAAUUAGUUGCCCAGUCGUAAACUAUUUUAGCUCUCCUGUGUUUGUUUAUCAUUGCUACUACAAACCAACAAAAUUCGUUCUCCAUUCGUUUCCCAGUCGUGUGAUGAAUCGCAAAACAGCUGCACCCCUAUGGUAUGUCAGCAUAAUUGCUAAGGAGUGCGUUAUAUCUCGCUAUAGUCACCCCGCACGAGAAGGUUAUCGAAGUAACGCUAAAUAUUUCGGAUUUAACUGGUCGUAAUUGGCUUAUUGUUAAACAUAUAGAGCCUGUUUAACGCUUUCUAGCAAACGAAUGUUGACACGACCAUUACAAAUAAAUAUGUCGUUUCAUUCAGUUUUGUUACUGUCAAGUGCACUCUACGGAUUAACCAAGUGAUUUAAGCACCAAACUCCAUGCCUUAGUUUUUCAAUACGUGACAAAUUGGAGGUGAAAAAAUAGAAUACAUUUUACGUUUUGCCUCUGAUAGUGACCUGAACAAUUAUACUAAACUAAUUAUCUCCCGUAGGAUAAGUGAAUAUUGUUAAACAUUCGUGAAGUAAACCUACAGUAAUCGAACGGGAGUCGCGUACGUAGCAAUUGUAUGAUGGUUUAGGACUUAAUUAUGAGUCAAUAUGUCAUCGAGGCUAUUCUGUUUCAUUUUGUGUAUUAUUCAAUCAACAGACAAGUCGAAAGAUUUUUGUUCAAAAUUCUGAAAGUGGCACAUCUUCCAACGGUUGUGAGUUUGCGGGUGCAGUUUCCAUCACAAUGCCAUCAGAGGAGAACGAAACCAAUGGAAGCCAAGAAACGAUACCCUCAAUGGGUUAGUGACAUCAGUUGGUUAUCAUAAGGGCUAAAGCUCGAAACGUCAGCUUUAGAAACUCUUUACGGCAGCCAAUUUACAAUAACAACUCAGUUGAUAGAACCAAACUAUCUUCUUAUAGCCCCCAUACGUGGCGACGUGGUUGAAUAAAUAGCGCAUUUACGAAAGAGAUUAAUAUAAAAGCAAUGAUGUUGUCUAACGAAUGUUUUUCUUUAAGCAGAUUCCUUGGCCAAUCAAACAGAAUCUUUCAGCUGCGAUAUAUCCUUGCUGGGCAGUGACAGACAACCGGUAACAGUAGACCAUUUCCACUGCAUACGCGAGGAAAUCGGUUCUAAGUGGAAGAAUGUCCUGCGAAAACUGGGUCUCAAGGAACCAGAAAUCGAAAAUAUUUGCAUGAAUCAUAAGGAAUAUGGGGUGGAGGAGAGUUUUUUCCAAGGUCUGCUGAAGUGGAAAAAACUUUUCGGCGAGGAAGCUACUACCGAAAAACUGUGUGACGUUCUUCGUGAGGCACGCUGCACGGAAGCUUUGAAAAAGUUAAGAGAAUGAAGGUACGGUCUCUAAAUAAAAAUGUCAUUCUAUUAAUAUUAUCAUCUUUAUUCCAGAUUCGGUUGCAUUUGAAAUAAAAUCAAGAAUUUUUUAAAUGACUGUCGUAAGUACUCUGGAAUUGCAUUGGUAUUUCAGUACCGUACAUUACGUCGUUCCUUGAUUGGUCUAGCAACCCUGCACCAUCUAUUAUUCCAACUAAUUAUAUGUUCAAAACUAUUGGUGGCGACUUUAUUACUCGUGUUUUCCUACGUUUGAAGACAAUCGCGUCACUUGAAUUGAAGGGAGUACAACAUUUAUCCUCGGGUUUUAACUUUCUUAGUCAGCUGAUUUCUGCCAUUAUUUCCCUCCAACCACGACGGUAAGAUGUGGAAGGACCCACGUGUAGGCUGGAACUUUUCUCCUUCGUCACGCCAAUAAUUUUCAUUGUUGACUGGCCGUGGAGACUGCUUUGCUUUUGGCUUUACGACAAUUAAUAAGGAGUUUAAGAAAACCACGACGGCAACGGCAACGGGAACGUCACUAAAAAAAAGGUUUCGUGAGUAGAAUAAUGGCUGUGCACGUGCGUUAUAAAUCUUUGUAAAUUUCUUCUGGUUGUCCACGGCGUCGCAGUCGUCGUUUCUUAAACUCUGUAAUGACAACAGUAGACAACGAGCAGUUCCUCCUUUUCGGUGAAGUCCGUUGCGCGAGUCGAAAGCCGAAAGUAAGGUGUAAGGAUUAAGUGAGAGUGGCAUGAAAAAUAAAAUUGCCUCUUUCUCUAGUCCUGUGACUUAAAGUAAUACCACCAUGGUCAUAUGAACUUUGCAAAGCAACGGACUGCAUGUUUUGCUGUGUAAAUUUUAAACCAACUUUCUGUCCUCUUAAGUUGCAGAGUGUGACGCUGCUACUCCAAAUCAAGAGAGGGCGGCAAUUAUUUGAACCAGAUUACCACAAUUACAUGUUGGCUUGUUAGCUGUUUUAAACCGGUUCAGAUAAAUUCGAAUCUUGUCCUAUCGGAUCAUAAAAAUUGUUUUCCGUGUUUUGUGCCUGAAUUUUUUAAAAAAUAUUUUCGUAUCUGUUUCUUUCGUUUUCGGUUAGUUCUACUAGAUUUCUUACAUAUGGACUAAUGUAUGUUCUUACGCAAUUGAUUGUGACUUAGCUAGUCCUCCUAGAAGUCUUUAUCAAUAAAAUGAAGUUAAAAAUAAAGGGAGUGUUAUGGAGAUGAGUUUUUCCCUCAACAAUGAAUUGCCCUCGUCGCGCAAUUUCUGCAACUUCUGAAAACACGCAUGAUAUUAACUCUUAAUUUUACUUGGUUUUAUGCGAUUACCAAUACACUAACUAAAAAAACUAUAUAUUUUGAUAGAAACAGAAUCAAAACUCACGCCAUAUGUAAAUAACAUAUUUUGGUCAUUAGCACAGUGUAGGACACGUUUUUCUAUCCAAAAAAAAAAAAUAGUGAAAGCGUGGUUAUAAAAAAUGGUAAUUAAAAAUAUAUCAACGGGAGCCCACGUCACAAAUAUUUUUUUCCUGUGGGGCCCUGCGUAAAAUGAAUUACAGAAAUGAUAUAAAUGACACCUACAUAGUGAUAAUUGAAAAUUUUAAUUUUAAUUGAAGUUGAAAAUUGAAGCUAUAGGCGUGGUCAAGUAUUGUGGGCUCACUGCGACCACUAUUUAAUAAGCAUAGAUAACAUUUAAUGAGUACUUCUAAAAUGUCUAUUUAAAGUCGAAAUGUCAGCAGUGCAGAUAAGAUGUUCCAAUCAUUGGCACCUAAAUAAAUAAACCGGUUUUGUCCCCAGGAGUGACAUUUCAGGUGCCUACAGAUGUUAUUUCUACCUAAAGUGUUGCACAGUAAUUAAGAAUGUUUUUAAAACUAUGAAAUUGAAAACACCACAAAAAAUAAAAACGGUUUAAAGCAAUAAAUAUAAAACAAUAUCAGUCUAAGAAAUCUCCUUUUCAUCAAGUUAUCCGGCCCAGUCAAGCUGAUCGAGCGCCUCGUUAGCAGAUGAAUCUUUUGGCAUAUUGAGUACGAUUUUGGAAGCUUAAUUUUGUAUCAUCUGGAAUUUCUUCAGAAGAGUCAAAUAGUUUUAAUCUCCCCAUGUGACAACCGCAUAGUCUAACAAAGGUAUUGUAGUGUGUUAGUGCGUUAGUACGUUAGUGUGUUAGUGUGAUAGUCUGACCACCUACAUUUAGAUUUUGAAACAUUUAAUGUCUAUUUUUGCUCAUACAGCCACUGUGAUAGUCUGACUUGGUCUUCAGUUAGCACAGUGUGCCAUCCAAAAGCUGAAGGACAGUGUAGGGUUGUAUCAUCAGCAAACAAGGUAACAGUGCCAUUCUCAAUGACGUUGGGCAGAUCAUUCGUGUAGAUGGUUGACGGUGAAGUCCAUAAAAUCGAAUUUUGAGGUACAACUUGUGACCCUUUUCUAGAAGAAGACGACGACUGUCAAAAGAUUUUUUUUCGAUAUCGAGAAGAAAGGUAAGAUUCGAACCAGGGACCCUUUUCUCGAAAAUCCUGGUAACUAAACAUAGCCGAAGCCAUAUUUAAAAGUCAAACUUUAAAGAACAGAGAAGCAGCUUUUGGCAGCCUAACCAGUUCACUUUUUGUUUCUUUAGCUGCUAAUUUAACUGCUAUAAUUUUCAAUACUUUUGAAACCUCCAUUUUGAAAGAAAACAGAAAAAUUUUUCGAUAAAGCCUUUUAAAAAACAAAAUGAAAGAUCAACAGGAUGCCCAUAACUGAAUAAACUUUGUGUUCAAAAAGCCUCGAGUUUUCCUUUUUCCUAUUUUUGUUUUCUUUCACAGAUUUCACGUUUAAAUUUGUCUUCGCAUAAUUUGCAUAACUGCGGUUGUUUAAUAAUUUUCUUUGUAAUUUUGCACGGGAAAUUAGCGGCCUGAUAAAAUUGAUCUUCUUGCGCAUGCCUGGCCGUUAACCACCGCUGUGUCGUUGAGGAUUAAAGUAUAAAUCGGACCCAGUUAUGAUGUUAUGCUUUACCCUUUGUCAGUUCUAUCUUAGAUUGGGUGGGAAAUACUUGGAGAUGUAUUGAAAAUAUCAGCCGAUAAAGCCAACCUAAAAGAAAAAAAAAAGAGAGUAGACAGAGACAAUAUGAAGUAUUCCCUUCCCUUCACGUCAGUGCAAUUACAUAAGCCACAGAGUCAAGAAAACAAAUCAAAAGAGAAGAAAAGAAAAGAGGAAAAUUGCUCCAACUGCUGUAGCUGUUGGUCUAGAAAUGCUACCGUAUUUAUGAAAAAAAUUUUUUGGUUAUUCUGUAUCUACCAUGAUCUCCCAAAGAAGACUUUAAGGCUAUUGUUUCACAGACUCAUAAAAUAUCUUUCUCUAGCAUUUCAGUGUAAUUCCCUUAAUAAUCGUGAAGAUGCAUAUCUUUUAAUAAAAGGAACCGACUAUAAUUCAUGGAUGACCGCAAAUCUCAUUGGUUAUUACCAAGACAAUUGGAGUUAAUGUUUUUUUUGACUCGCAACUUUCAGCUUUUAGCGCAUCUAUGGAAAGAAAAGAAGUGUACAAUAGCGCACCAUUAGAAUGGUGCACAGCUCGUCUUUAUAAAGUUCACCGCUAAACACAAUGGAUAUGCUUAAAACAAUUCAUUUUAAAACACCUAGGGCCUAUAAUUCUCGACUAUCAUAAAGUAACCAGUUAUCAGAACUUUGAAACGCUAUAUUGAGGAAUUUAUUUGAUACAAUUUAAUGGGAAGGUAAGUUUACAUGGAGAGGCAAAAAAUACGCAAAAUGUGUGCUUGCGAGCAAACGCUACACUUACUGAAAACUAAUUAAGUCUCUAUCUUUCCAAAUGCAAAUCAAACUAAUCACUGAAUUAACGACAAUUUCCUUUAAACAGGAAAAACCAUCGGAGGAAAUCGACAAUCAAUGUUUGUGGGAGUUGAGAAAAUGGAGUUAGCUCUUCAUGAUUUUUCUCGUCUUUUAGGUUCUACGAAUUAUUUCUUCUCCGUUUCAAUCGAGAGAGAACACGUUAAGAGAGUUAAUUCCAGCCUUUCGUAAAUGUGAUCAAAAGUUUCAUUCCUCUUUUAAUGAGGACUCGCUACCAUUAAUAUUAUGACAGCCAUAAUUCUUAUCCAUUUCGCAUUUUUUUUUUCUUUUUUUGACACAAUUUUGCUAAGAUUUAAAAUAUUGUUCGUGCUAAAAGCUUUGAUAGCAAAGUCAUCUAAAUGAACUCGACCCCAGACCUCUAUCAAACAAUUGCCAGACUCCAUCUAGGAAAGGCGCGUAAACAAUCAGUCUCUUUUACCCAUAGAGAGCAGAAGAUAACUCGAGAAGCUAUGGAGAGCGCAACCGGCAGCAAUCUGACUCCCUCGUCAAAAGCACUCAGUGAAGAUGAUAAAGUUCUUGUCAGGGACACGUGGAGGGAAGCGACAAAGCCAGAAAGAGAGGCCGGACAAAAAUUGUUCAAAAGGCGAGUAUUGUGCACCGACCGGCUUUGAUGCAGAUAUAGGACACGGUCAGUCGGUUGAGGCAUUUUGAAAAAUCGGAGCCACAUGUUUCAAGCUUAUUAUCUCCAAUCCACGUCAAUCUUUUUUUUAUCUUUUAACGGUACGUCCUACUCUCUGCUUCACUCUUUCCAAUUCAAUGCGGUUCCAUCUAGACAAACUGAUAUUUCCUAUUAUCCUUCAAGUGAAAAGUAAUUUUUGAAUGAUCACCAAAGAAUCAGAUUGUUGUGACGGAUCGAAUUUUCAGUGUCACGUUAUAUGUAAAUUAUGAAUGGAUUCAAUGCCUGUAAGCAAUUUAACGCCUGACUGACUGGCUUUGAAUCGCCACUCACAAUGCUUAUUCCCCUGUGCGAGAAGCUAGGAAGAUGCUUUCACGUGACAUUCAUAGAAAACUUUCGCACUGAUCGACAUUCUUCUCCACAAACAAAGUUCAUUCUCAGGCUUCCGACUGCUCCCUUAAGAACUUAAGCAAUCAGGCGUUAUUAAUUGAUAACGUUUAUGUGACGCCUUACCCCGAGGAGAACUUCCCAUUUUGGCCUAAAUGCCUGUGUACCGUCAAUAUAAGGUAUGGUUUCCGGGGUCUUGAAUUUUAAACAAGGUGUACAGUUUCACGCCUUCAACAAGUUGUUAAUUGAUUCUCGCAGUGUACUGUCCACAUGUGCGGUACUUGCACUCGUGUAAAGUGAAUUUCAUCAACUAACUUAUAAACCAGACAAACGCUGUUCAGAUUUCCACGUUUGAAAAUGAAAAUAAUGGAAAAUAGAAAGAAACAGUUUUUAUAGUAAACAAAUAAGAUAUAGCCUCUCGAAAACACUUGACCUUCGACAGAUGAACGUUUACAGAUUGCGCAGAUAAUGCCCUAGUUCUGUUUUCCAGACGUUUCUUUAUCGGUUUUAAAACAAGUUGAUGAUUUUUGGAGGUCAAAAAACGGAGCUGCAACAUGUUAACAGCAAGUAAUGACUUAGCACUCCGGAGUGUUUACAAAUCCGCUCAAACCUCUUCUGUUCGCCCGUGUUUAUCAAUGCUGAGCUUUACUUUCUCCUUUGUUUCCAUCGCCGUGAAUGUUCCUCACUCCUCCGGUUUUGCUAAGCCUUCGAUUUUCUUGACAGCUUGGGGAGACGUUGUGCCCUUAGAUUUAAAUUUUUUAAAAACACUACAUUAUACUUUAGACAUCUGGCUACGCUUCUCACAGCCAGUGUUUAGGUUGCUUUUGUUAACUUCUUUUGCAAUUAUUAGGAUAUUUCAAAUUGCUCCCGAAGCCCAGGACUAUUUCUCCAGCUCCGACUUAGAGAGCGACGAAUUCCAAGGUCAUAUCACGUCAGUUAUCAGUACCUUAGAUAAAGCUUUACAAAAUCUACACGACCUAACCCCCUUACUACCUACUCUGGAGAGACUGGGAACAAUUCAUGCCAAUAUGGGAAUAAAAAGACAGCAGCUUAACGUAAGUAUCGCAGGCUCCUAUAUCGUGAUGAGCUGUCAGUGAAAACCUGUCUUCAAUAUAAAUUAAUUACAAAUGGACUGGAAACCCAUAUUUCAGCUUUAUGUACAAAACAUGAAAGAAAGGUAAAGAAAACAAGUCUAAGCACAUGCAAAACGUGUAGUGAGGUUAGUGAGGUCUCGUGGAUAAAACGUUUUAUUUUAGGUAUACUAAUGGCAGUUUUAAAGCGGAGAAUAUUACUUAGGUAAGGGAGCGUAUUUUUUAAGGAAUUGGACAUAUCUUAACUGAGCUAUACGAAAAGUAGUUAUAAGCAACACGGACUUUUCCUUUUUAAAUAUAAAGAGGAAAUGUGUUUUAAGGUAUGUAAAAAAUACAAUGAAAGAAUAAUGAGCAUAUCUUUAAGAGUCGGGACCAAAGGGAAAAGUAUUUGUGACGAAAAAGAUAUGAGUUGGAACUGACGCUUUCGGGAACCUAUCUUUAGAUUGUUGCUUAUGUAUUUUGGUUCAUAAUUUUAAAUUUUAUUUGUUAUUGACAGGUCGUGAAACAAGCAUUGCUGUUCACACUUUCCCAAGAAUUAAGAGAGCUCUUUACUGAUGAAUGCCGCAAAGCCUGGGAGCUGACAUUCGACAUAUUGGCGGGUGCCAUGGCGACAGGAAUGGUUGCUAAUAGUAACGAUAACUAG